AUGGCUGGAAACGAAAAUCUGGCAAGGUUGAUUAAUAUGGUUCUACUGAAGCAAGGGGGGCAGCUAAAGAUUGACCAGUUACACCAGGACCUUACAAAGAACCAACUUUACCGUAACCAAGGUGUACAAAUUCCUGAUAUCCAGUCACUUCUAAUUUUCUUGAAAAAGUUCCCACGUAAUUUCGUCAUAAAUACAGUACGUCACAGAAGAAAAAAAGUGUCUGACGUGUGUGUGAUAUCGGACAUUGAGACCUGUGUCGAACAUUGCAAGAAACAAAGAAGUUGCCAUAGUCAGAAUGGUGAAUGUGGCCGACUACACAUUUGCCAGUUCUUUCUUCUGUCUGGUCGCUGUCACUUUGAUCCUAGAUGUGCAUUCGGUCAUGACUUUACAUCUCAGCAUAAUUUUAACGUUUUCAUGUCACAUAUGCUCAAUCCAAGGUCUAUCGAAGAAAAUGUUUUGAGAGAUCUGCUGUGUCGGAAUGAAUGCAGAAAUGCAACCACAAUGCCCGAUACAUGUAACUUUUACAACACAUCAAAUACCUGCUCUAAAAAGAAAUGUAGAAACCUGCACAUCUGUCGACAUUUUCUUGAAGGAACCUGCAAGUUUGGGUCCGGCUGUAGAAAAAACCAUUCCGUGGAAGAAACAUCUGUUAUGGACAUCCUUGAGGACUACGGUUUUGAUGUGGACCGACACCCUGAAGUAAUACUGGAAGAUCUUCAAAACUUCUAUAAAAAUAACACAUCUACAAACAUCGGAUCAUCGCAACCUUCAGGUUUGUCCUACAGGAGUCGAUCAGUGAAUAAUUUAGCUGACCCACCUAGGAUGUCCGUCUUUGACCCACCACCACAAAGACAACGCGGUAGAUCAGCGGGCAGACAGCGAGAAAGAGAUAGGACAUCUUUCGAAGGUCAUAUCGGAUCAGUGGAGCGGUACCGGAUACAGUCUCCUCAACCAGAUGACUUUUCAUCUGACUCGGACAGGGAACAAGAGGCAUAUGUGCCAACUCUGCGUCGACCACCUUCAGCAGUCCCAGUCGUGCCUGUUCCACGGUCUAGAACAAAACAAAGCCCUCUGGCAAUGGUCUUGCCUUCAAAACCAACAUUUAGAUCAGUUUCAAAGGAGUCAACUUUAAAAAUCUGUAUUCAUUAUCUGCGAGGAAAAUGUCUUUUUGGAGGAAAAUGUCGAUACCAUCACAAGUCAACAAUUUACCAGUGGCAAUGGAAGAGAAAUACUGAUUUAGAUUGGACAGAUUUUGACAAAGAAAAAAACAUAACUUUGGAGAAAAGCUUUAGUCACGUUGAAGAAGCAGAGUGUUAUUUAAAAAUGGGUAAAAAGGUUGUCAGGGUUGGCUUUGAUACGAUGAGUGUCAGUGGAGGAAACAUCAGCAGUGUUCAGCGACUGACGACAAUCUCGUCAAAGAACUCUCCUCCGAAUAUUCAGGAGUGGACGACUAUUUGGCACUGGUACUGGCAGGAUGAAAAUGGAAUUUGGAAAGAAUAUGGAGACCCAGACCGACGGGGUCGGAGGUCAGAGCUCGACAGCGACAUGGUGGAGGAGCGGUAUCUGGAGAACCCAGAUGGAUCCAUCAAGUUUGGAAAUGGCCGACAUCAGUACAUUCUGUAUUUUACCGACAUGCAACAAAUGAAUAAAAGAACACAAACAAUGCGUGAUGUUCGACGCAGACCCACAUUCUUCCAUCCAGAAGAUAUCAGAAAGAGAAGUAGUGAGGCCUCUGCUGACAUUUCGAAAUCUUUCGUACCAAAAGAAUGGAAUGUGUCAGGAGAAGAUGUCUAUGGACAUUACCGAAAAACAGUGAUUAAGCAGAGUAGCCAAGAAUUCAAGUUGAUUGACAAACUUUUUCACACGACCAUGCCCCAGGGGAGAUCAGUCAAGUCACUGGAGAGAAUCGAGAAUGGAGAAUUGUGGAACAGUUUCUGCCUAAAACGAGAACAGAUGAAGAGAAAAUUGGGGAAGGAUGUUGUUGAACGCCAGCUGUUCCACGGGACACAUGUUGACAACAUCGAGGCGAUCUGUCGCCAAGGUUUUGACUUUCGGUUCUGCGGGAAAGCUGUAGGCACCUUACACGGAAAAGGAAGUUAUUUUUCCACUGAAGCAGGUUACUCCGAUUCUUACACUGUCAACUGUGGAAAGAUGUUCAUCGCUCUAACUUUGGUGGGUGACUUUUCAAAGGGUAACCAAUCGUUUGUACGCCCACCACCAAAAAUUGAUUCUGAACCACAUGGUGAUUUGUUUGACAGCUGUGUUGACAACGUAAAAAAUCCAAAAAUCUUUGUAAUCUUUGAUUUGUACCAGGUGUAUCCGCAGUAUCUUAUCACCUAUGAGUAA